AAACAGCAUGGCUGCAUCUGAAAUGGCAUACUUCUCUACUAUAUAGUAGGCGAAAAAGCAGUAUGCGAGCAAAUAAGUACAUUUGAAUCCUCAGUAUUCAUAAAAGAGUAGGCAAAAAUUGCACUAAAUCCCUAUAAGAUUCGGAUGUACGCGCACUUAAUUUGAAUUCUAAUAUGCCUACUUACCUACUAUAUAGUGGGGAAAAAAAGAGUUUAUGAAGAAAGAAGAUUUCGAAAACUGCAGUAUUCAUAAAAGAGUAGGCAAGAAAUCCCUGGAUGUCCUACUGCUUCAGCCCAGAUUCUGAAGUGUUCAUCGAUAGACACUUUUCUAUCCCAGAAGCCCACGGGAGAGGAUACGUCAUCAUCGAACAUGAUGGAGAACAGUGAUGCAAGUGUUUACAAAUGUGAGUAUUACAAACCAAAAACACAGUUCCCUGUGUUAAAAUCGUAUUUGUUGAGCUAUUGUAUAGUAAAAGGUUGAUUUUCUUAAGUUGCAAAGAUGCUAGAUGGUAAAGUUACAGUAUAUUUUUGAUUUUACUGCAAAAACACAUUUUAUAAUGUAUAGCGAACAGUGGAGCUCAAGUAAGCACACGUACAUCUCCAAAGUAGAUUUACAUAAAUCAUAUACAUCUUAAAGACGAUUACUAAAUGUCUAUUUAACAUCUGACAGGAAAAUGUUCUAAGAGAAUUGCAGAUGAUCACAUCACAACAUGAAACAGACAUCUGAUUGAGUGAUGUGUGUGCUAUUAUAGUAGAAUUGACUGUUGUCAACACUGCUUUAGAUGAAUGUAAGUAAUGUUAAUAAACAAAUCUACAUAAAGUCACUAAACAUGAAUUAUCUAUUUAAUUUGUCCUUUAGUAUUGCUGAUAAAUUGAGGACCAUUAUGUGUUGGAUAAAAAGCAGUUAACACAUCAGCAACUACCUCAACAUGUAAAUGCAAUAUUGAGCAGAUAAAUCACAGAGGGGACUUGACUCUUGUCUGGAUGAUACAGGGACAGGUGAGACACGAGUCACUGAUGAAGGAAUGCUGCCAUCAAAGGCUUUGAAUCUUUUGUGGUGGAGCAGGACCUGCAAGGCAAGGUGACAGCAGCAUUUGUGGAAAAAAGGGAAAACCUGAAACAAAAAUAUAAAGCUGCUGUGAGCAGUGAGGAUGGAGGAGUCCACAGCAGCAUCCUGGAAAUGGUCCAGUGCCAUGGAUGAGAUGCUCCAUUACUCCACCUGCCCUUACUGCCUCAUCUGGGCUGGAUGUUGCUGUGGUCUCUUCUUCCUCAGUGAGCCCAGAGUGAUUAAUGGUAUGAAGUGGUGAUAUGGCUCUGGAUAUGGAGAGGACAGUCUCUAAAAUCAUGUUUGACUUCCAGAGGAACUCAACUUCUGAUGAUGACUCUGGCUGUGCACUAGAGGAGUACGCUUGGGUGCCACCUGGCCUCAAACCUGAACAGGUUCAUCAGUAUUACAGCUUUUUCCCAGAGGAUAAGGUUCCUUAUGUCAACAGCAUUGGUGAAAAGCAUCGGAUCAAGCAACUCCUUCAACAACUGCCACCACAUGACAAUGAGGUUCGUUACUGUACCUCACUGGAUGAUGAAGAAAAGCGGGAAUUAAAGAUCUUCAGUAACCAGCGAAAGCGAGACAAUCUAGGCAGAGGCACUGUCCGACCUCUACCCCUCACUGUAACUGGAGCUAUAUGUGAACAGUGUGGAGAGCAGAUCAACGGUGGUGACAUUGCAGUGUUUGCCUCACGGAUUGGCCAUGGCCUAUGUUGGCACCCUCACUGUUUCGUGUGCUGUGUGUGUUCUGAGCUAUUGGUAGAUCUCAUCUACUUUCAUCUGGAUGGCAAGAUCUACUGCGGCCGCCACCAUGCUGAACGACUUAAGCCACGUUGCUCAGCAUGUGAUGAGAUCAUCUUUGCAGAUGAGUGCACAGAAGCAGAGGGGCAGCACUGGCACAUGAAACAUUUCUGCUGUUAUGAGUGUGAGGCUCCACUAGGGGGUCAGCGUUACAUCAUGCGUGAGGGACAUCCUCACUGCUGCAACUGCUUCGAGUCACUUUAUGCAGAAUACUGUGACUCCUGUGGAGAGCACAUAGGUAUAGACCAAGGUCAGAUGGCAUAUGAAGGUCAACACUGGCAUGCCACUGAAGAGUGCUUCAGCUGUGCUCGUUGCAAUCAGUCUUUGCUGGGUCGUCCCUUCCUGCCGAAACAAGGUUUGAUCUACUGUUCCCGUCUCUGCAGCCAAGGGGAUGAACCUGAGUUGUCAGACUCUUCAGACUCUGCUUUCCAGAGUGCCCGUUCCCGUCAGUCACGCCACAGUACUCAGAUUGGCAAGAAUGGGACAAAAGGCAAAGGUGAAGGUGUACGACAAACAUCAUCUGGCCCUACACCAUUGGUUGGUGAUGCAGAGCCUCUAGCUGUUCAAAUGGAUUUGCUGAGCAUCUCCAGCCCAGCUCCCAGCCGUACACCCCACCGCACACCAACUAGAACCCCAACUCGGUCUCCAAGUCUGAACCGUGAGCAGUCAGUUUGGGUAAACAGGGAUGAGCCUUAUUCCUAUGAGUCUCAACAAAGAGAUUCCUCCACAUCUUCAAAUCCCCAUCAACUACGAAGCCAAUGUAGCAUGCGUAGCGCUUACCCUUCUUCUCCAAAUCAGCCACCCAAGAUAGUGAGCAGUCCAGAAUCUUGGUCCAAAGAACAACCUGGGGGUAAUUCCAAAAAGCCUUCAGUCAUGGCUGCUCUGAGGGGCCACUCUUUCAAUGAGAACUGGAUGCACCAUGGCCAGGAACCAGAAUUUCAUGCUCCUAAGCUCAAAACACAAAUGAGCUUCAAUGAAGUACCAAGCCGUAAUUCUGGAUUUUUGGACAAACGCAGUAUAAGCAUGCAAGGCUUUCCCCGAGAGAUGCGUCCUCCAUUGCUGAGGAGCAGGCACCAAUUUGGGCCAAACUAUGGUGAACUUACGCCACUAGAACAAACACCAAGAGGUUCUGCUGACUCACUGGCCCAUUCAUACACUACAGCAGGAAACUCUUUAGAUGGGACCAACAGGCGUCAGGAGCACUUCUCUCGAUUUUCUAUGCCUGACCUGAGUAAAGACUCUGGGGUAAAUGUAUCUGAUAAAGGCACCAUGGGUACAUUAAACUCAUCAAUGCAGUUCCGCAGCACUGAAUCCCUGAGCUCUGUCCCAAGACCUCUUGCUGAUAUUGGCAUGCCUGUCAGAGUAAGGUAUCCUCCUCCACUAUACUGGGAUUCAUCUAGAGGUUUAAGUUUUGAGGAUCCAGUCAAAGGUCGCAUCGGUCUUGCAGGAAGCAUGUCCUGUAUGCAGGAAGGUAAUGCCCAAGCAAUGACACCACGGCCAAGGCGCACUCAGACACAAGACUCACCCAGACAGCAGCGCCAACAUCAACGUCACCACCGCAAAGGCCAGAAAGGUCACAAAGGUCACAAAUAUAACUACCGCUCACGCCGCUCUCGGUCAGACAAUGCCCUGCAUUUAGCCACAGACAAUCAGAGUUUCCCUGGGGACCCCAUUCAUAGAUUUCACAAUGACUUUGAGCGACCAUCCUCAUCAAGAGUGUCACACAAUCUCUUUGGAGCAAAUUAUGGGUAUCGACAACAAUUCUUUAGGCCUUGUCCUCGAACCACCUCUGACCUCACCUUGCAGGAUCCUGGAGGUCCACAGAUUGGACAGUAUAUGGGUAGGUAUGGAGAAACGGUUGAGAAUGAAGAUCAGUUUUGCUCAACCUGUUCCUCUUCAUCAGAGGUGUCAGAGGAUGAUGGUUACCUUCUGGGUGAAGUCAUUCCACGGCCAGUGCAGCUGCGAUACUUUGACAAUGAGGAAUUACGACAUCGUUAUAGUCCAACAGUGAUGGGUGGUCACACUCAACUACAUACACGCAAACGGCGCAAGAGCAAGAACUGCAUCAUAUCAUAAGCAAAUGGUAAUGUGAGUAUCUGAGUGUGUGUAUGUGAGAGUGGGUAUACAGUAUACAACAGAAGUUAGUACAGUGAGUACAAACAGACAUGCCGAUAGAUACAACCCAUAGGUUUAAAUUGAAAAAGUUCUUAUGUUCACAGGUUAUUUUAUAACCAUGUUUGUGCAAUUAGGUUAAUUGGAAAAAUCAGUUCCCUUCCAGGGGAACUUCUAACUCCAUCCUCUAGAGGUCGCUUUGGGGGAACGCCUUCGACGAAACCAGUCUCUGAAGCAUACAUCUAAACACUACAAUAACAUUGGUUGGCGACAGCCUAUGACGUCAUUACUGGCUCGACCACAGUAUAAAAGGGCGCCAAGAGAACAUGUCACCCAACACACUGACUGUUUAUGUUAGCGUUAAACUAUACAACUAGAAGUGCAUGUUCCCUUCGCCAGAGGCUUUGCUCAGAGCUUGAAUCAUGCGUGGGAGACGUGGGGUAUGACCCAUUUCAUGUUUUAUGUGAAUUCACUAACUAGUCUUUUUUUUCUGCAGUGCUACUUGGACCCGUUUCUGUUUUUCUGACUUUCUUAGGUUUGACCCCCUGCUAAGUCAGAAUCUCUGUCUGUUGACCAAUUAUGGGUGGUUUCACCAGUCAGUACCAUUUCCAAGUUGGCUGAUAGCCCUACAUCUUCGGCUUCGUGUUUUUGGAUACAAAGCCUGGGCUUCUGUGAGAGCUUCCUAGCAUCAGGUCCCCAGUAUAACGCUGCAACCUCAGGACCUGCGGGUCCUCCAUUCAGGUUAAGCAUUUUUCAGAGUAUAAUGCUUUGUUACAUGCUCCCUGAUCUCGUGGCUAGGUGUUUGCUUCAAGAAGUGCUACUCAUCUCUCGCCCUAAGAGGUCCCCUAAGAUGUGAGUCAUUCCUCAACCAUCAUGCACGUUCUCUGAGCUAGAGCUCCUCUCACUGAGGCUCAACACUCCUUAAUUCCACUUUGCAGCUCGAUAUAUGGUCUUGCCCACAGGACUUCCCUGUCACACUGCCCUUAUGGUCGAACUAGUAAUCGCCCCUCUGUGGAGAGGACUUGAGCAUACUGCGUUCCCUAAGGUACAUGUGAGAUGUGUUUCUGUGGAAACCCUUCCUGAAAGCUUCGGCUCUAUCAUCAUAGAGAGCAUGAUAUUGCAUCCAGCUGCAUCAGUUGACCAUCUUUAAUUGGGCCCUGUUGGAUUCCCCACCUUCUUAUCUAGCGCUGUUGUGCUCUAGGGCCCGCCUCAGCCUGAGAACUGAGAGUGCUGCUCCCGAGAACUCCAUAUGCAACAAUACUGAGUUGUUAGGCCCAACUCUGUCACCUUCUUGGUCAUUUGCAUGGGCCUCCACUCUGUGGCAGUGACACAAGGUAGUUUGGCCACUUGCUGCCUCCCUGGUACACUGCCCCUGUCUUGGUUGAGCCUAGCUGUGCUCCCCUUGACCUGAGGGUCACCUGUGAGCUCGCUACUUCCAUUUGAGCAUUGGAGCUCCCCUCACACCGGGUCCUCCACUCCCUGGAGCUCCAUUUUGUGGCCUCCUCAGGUUGUUAGGCCUCUUUCUGCCUCCCUGUUAGGCUACUCUUUUGGUUGAGCUUAGCAGUGUUUCCCUCAUUCUGGAGGGUCACUGGUGAGCACGCCGCUCCCAAACUGAGCAUCUGAGUUCCUGUCUGUCCUCUGCUCCUUUGGGCUCCAUUGGCCAGCCACACCAGGUUGUUAGGCCACCUUCUGCCUCCCUGUUGGACUGCUCUUUAAAACCCUGGUGGACUGCUUUUUUGGUUGAGACCAGCAGUGCGCCCCUUGUCCUCAAGGGUCAUUUGUUUGAGCAUGCCACUCUGAAUUGAGAAUAUGAGUUCUCCUCCUGUUUUGUGAGUCGAGUCCUCUGCUCUUUGGAGCUCCAUUGAGCAGCUGUCAGGUGGUUAGGCCCUUUCUGCCUCCCUUUUAGACUGCCUUUGAAGGUGAGCCUAGCAGUGCUCCCCUUGUUCUUGAGAAUCACCUAUGAACACGGCUCAGGCCCCAGAUUCCUUACCUGGGCCCCACUCUACUGACAUAACUCUGACAGUACCUGUAUGGUUAAGCUUGGUAGUGCUCCCCUUGUUCUUGUGGGUUUCUAUGAGCAUGCCACUCCCGCCUGAGCAUCUGUCAUGCCUUCUCUUUUGAGUAUCGAGGCCCUGUCUUAAAUAGUAUCUGAUUGCACAUAUACUAUUUAAACUGCCUUUAACUGAAAAAUGAGUGUUUACUAUUGUCAUUUUGCAUUAUUGACACACUAUUUUCCUAAUUAAUGCUGUACAGUUGCUUUGACACAAUCUGUAUUGUUAAAAGCAUUAUAUAAAUAAAGGUGACUUGACUUGACUGUAAUUUAGUCUUAUUAGGUUGUUAGGCCAUUUCUGCCUCUCUAUCAGUUUCCUCUCAUGGUUGCCUCGAGAAAUAGAAGUGGGGAUGAUUAUCUAGAGUUCUGCACUUGUGACUGCUUUAGUCUGGUUGGCGAGGCUCCCCUUAGCUAGAGGGUUCUUCUAUGAGACACGCCAACUUCAGAUCCACAGGCACUAAGUUGAGUACCCUGCUACUCCUGAGCAGUCUCUGUCACAUCAGGUACUGGCCUGCUGUGGUUUUUGUAAUCUUUUUAGUAACGGGUAUUUCUAAAAUCCAUAUUUAUGCUAAGUGCACAUGCUAGUUCUCUGUGUACUUCUUUAAAAUCCAUAUCCAUGGUAAGUGUGUGCAUUAAACCUUUGUGCACCUUUCUAAAAUCCUUUAUGUAGGGGUGAUGCGAUGCUAGCCUCAUCCCCAUUCUCUGAGUUGGCUCAGGCCCCGGUUCUUACUUUGGGCCCCACUUUCCAUGUGUGUAUCUUUUUUAUAUAAAUUUUUAAGCAGGGUGUUUGCUACUUAGUUCCCCGAGUAUCAUGUGAUCCUCGGGUAGCUCGUUCUAACAGCAGAGGGUAGCCCCCUUGGUCAUAGGCCAAGAUAUGGGUUUAUGUCAGCCCUGAAACUCAGCCGCAUCCCCAUAAGGAAUCCUUUUAUUCUGAUUCCAAGCCUUGAGCUUUGCCCUGGGCUCAGGCUUCCUCAAGCCAGCUCCCUCAUAGGUAAGUUCUUUGGUGCAUAGCUCAGGCAUUUUAACAUAGGGGAUGAUGUCACUUACAGGCAUCAAAGCAUCCUAUGGGCAACUCCCUUAACUUGGUUGAGUUGGUACUUAGUGGUCUCUUUAGUACUGGCAUGCACUCCCCUCAGCAUGUCAGCAUGGGUAUACAAUCCCAGAAGUGACCUCUAGAGGAUGCAAUUCGAAGUUCCCUCGGAAGGGAACAUCUCAGGUUAUGUUUAUAACCAGGGUACCCUGAGAAGAGAACGAGACACUGCGUCCUCUAGACUCCUUACCAUGCUUCGGACAUAAGCUUCAGACGAAGAAGCAGAUGACGUGUUCUCCCAGUGCCCUUUUAUACUGUGGUCACACCGGUAAUGAUGUCAUAGGUUGUCGUCAGCCAAUUUUACUGUCAUGUUUAGAUUUAGAUGUUUUAGCCAUUGUUACAUACGUGACCUAUGACAUUUUGUUUCAAUAACCACAUAUUUCCAACUUGUGUGUUUGUCAUUACAUUAGUAGAGUACAACAAGGCUAAAGGCGCACUGGGGUAUAAAGCUCAUUUGACUUUAUUCUUUUUUACACCACUAGAUGGCACAAAAAUUCACUUCAGCACUUUCCUUAACAACCACGUUUGACUAUGCACAUGGAAAUUUGGCAGAAAGAAAUUCUGGGCUACUUUGAUCUAAUAUUAAUUUAUUUGUUUGUUUGUUUGUUUAUUUAUUUACUGUUGUAGAUUUAUAUAUCAAAUACAAUAAAUAAAAUUGACUACAUGUUUAAUAAUUAAAGCUGUCAGCGCCCAUAACCUUGUGGUUAGUGCGCCGACGUAAACAGUGCGCAUAUAUAUAUAUAUAUAUAUAUAUAUAUAUAUAUAUAUAUAUAUAUAUAUAGAUAGAUAGAUAGAUAGAUGGAUAUGCAAGGUAUUUGUUUAGUUUUCUUUGGCAAUCUGAGACUUUGGUAGUAGCGAUAAACAAAUUUUUCUUAAGAUGUCGUUAGUCUUCUUGUACCCUAUUCACUUUUUUGUUUUUGAAGGGCCUGUAUUUUCAAAAUAAUUUUUCUAAAGUAAUAAUUUUUGCUCAUAAGAGGGAAUGCACUACAUAUAGAAAUAACGCAAUUGUUUACAGGUGAAAUUUUUUUAUGCACAGCAGUGUACUCACUUUUGUUGUGUACUGCAUGUGUUUGUUCUCAAUUAUCCUAUAUCUAUGGGUUGAAAUCCAAUUGAAGCAUGUUCUGAUCUUAACUCGUGUUUACUGUGACUGGAGAUUGCACAAUGGUCAAAAGUAUUAACCUCUGUUUAUUUGAACAGCACAUUGAACUUUAUCUGUUGAUAAACUAUGAAUUUUGUUUUGUAGAAAUUUGUGCAAUAACAAUUUACGAUAUAACUUCAUUUCAGAAGAAGUGAAGACUCAGUGGGCACUUAACAUUCCGAAUUAGCAUAUGGAUUUUUAAUUUAUGCUGGAAUGUCUUAAAUCGUUGUUCAGAUGCAUUACUGUUGAAAAGAAUUUGGGAUUACUGAUCAGAAUAUGCCGUUAACUCAAAAAAAAAAUCUAAUUACAACCAUUGUCUUACAUUGCGAUUCUGAUUCUAGUCAAGGUUACAUUCUCUCUUUUUUUCCCCCUUAAUUUUUGUAUAAUUUUGUGGCAAUAUGGUUUACUAUAAUCCCCACGCUGCUUACUGUUAAUUGUUCUAAAUAGUUUCCUAUUAUGCGCUCUUCAUGGUUUUCAACUUGUUUUAUUAAUGUCGUUUUAAAAUUGAACUUUUUAAAAAUGUUUAUCAUUUUGCUGGGCAGUGUUGGUAAUGGUUUUAAAUGCAAUAUUUUGUCUUUUCCAAAGUCAUUAAAUACUAUUUACAAAUAAUAUCUUAAAAUUAAAUGUUUUCCUAAUGAUAAAAAACUAUAUAUAUAUAUAUAUAUAAACAAUGUAGUAUUGUAAAAGUUCUGUAAAUAUUGUCUUAAAUAUUUCUAUAUUUUGUAUCCUCAGAUGCAUUAUUUGUAUCAUAUUGUAGAGUGUAGAAUUUUAUGGUGACUGCAUGUGUAUCCCCAGUUCAUGUCUUGUAUGUGAAUUAAAUAACUAUUAACAAACAAACAAUGCCUUUAAUGAAGUUGCAGAUUAUUAC